CCUUUGUCAGGCAAUUGGUAUGAGUAUUUUUGAUUGAACUUGAUUGGAGAUUUUCUCUAGAAAAAAGUAAUUAUUUACAAUGGCUUUACAGGACCUAUGCAAUUUCCAGGACAUCUUUCCGGAUAGUGUAACCACUGAAUGUUCUUCAGUGCUUUUUGGAAAGAAGAGUGGAUGUAACUAUGUGAGUGGUUUGCCGUUUAGUGACAGCACAAGUCUGUUUAAUUUUUAUAUACCAGUUACAGAGUACCUAGAUGAGAGUCCAAUACAGUUUGGGCAAAUCAGCAAAAUCCAGAGCUCUGGCGCUAUCUUAUCUCAGGACUCCAUCUUGCCAUCCUUCUCUUUGCCGAUAAGUCCUCCUCUCACUUCCUCUCAGACUGUCCCUUUGCCUUUUCCCAUGUCUCAUGGAACCACCACCCUGGCUUUCAUGUUUCAGGGCGGUGUGUUGGCUGCAGCAGACACUCGUUCCAGCUGCUCUGGGCUGGUAGCGUGCCCAGCCUCCCAGAAGAUCCUGCCCAUUCACAGUCACUUGGUGGGCACGACGUCGGGCACCUCAGCCGACUGUGCCCUUUGGAAACGGAUUCUGUCUCGAGAGCUGAGGCUUUACCAGCUCCGCCACGGCCGACGGCUGUCCACAAGCGGAGCUGCCAAACUGCUUUCACACAUGCUUCACCCAUUUAAGGGGACCGAGCUGUGCGUGGCUGCCACGCUGUGUGGGUGGGACGGAGGAGAGGUAGAUGAAUGCCAUGACAAUGGAGGUUCAAAGACAGAUCUUGGUGGUUGCACAGAAACAACAAAGAAACUGGAAAAAUAUGCAGAUACCAGUCUUGAAAAGGUAUCUCUGGCAAAGCCAAAGACUCAGAGUUCUUCGUCAACUCUUGGAGGUCAACAGAGCUUUACCAGGAAGAAAAUAAGUUUGUCUGGACCCAGUCUGUUUUAUGUGUGCAGUGAUGGUACUCGCCUGCAGGGAACACUCUUCUCUGUGGGCUCGGGAUCCCCCUAUGCCUACUCAAUUUUGGACCAAGGAGUUAAAUGGGGACUGACAGUGGAUGAGGCCACAUCAAUAGCUAGAGAAGCUGUGUACAGAGCCACACACAGGGAUGCAUACUCAGGAAACCAUGUAGACAUCUAUCACAUCUCCUCAAAAGGAUGGACUCGGAGGAAGAGAGAGGAUUUGAAAGAGGAAUAUUACAGAGAAAAGGAAAGACAAGAGAGAAGGAUGAGACAGGACGUGACUUUGUCUGAGUAAAGACAUGAAACAAACAAAAAUGGCAUGAGAGGAGAAAGGCAAACAUCAGGGAGUAUUUUGGAGAGACGUGAUGGCAUCUUUGCAGCAGAUACUAAAUUAAUGAACAGGACAGGCAGUUGCAUCCUCCAGGCUAUUUCUCAAAUGAUUUGGGCAUGCAUAUCAUUCCCUCCAAUAAACAGCUGAUGUUUUGUUUGUGCUGAUGAUAAAAUGUAUUCUAACAGCGCACUGCUGGCUGGCAUUUUGAUUUAGACGUUAAAAACACUAUGAAUCAUUUCAAGUAUGUUAGAUAAUUACUACCUAUUCCUGCUUGUGUUUGAGCCACAUAAACAGACAGAAGUAGAGAAAAGGAUCACAGUGAACACUCCAAAAAAAAUCCAAAUGUGGGGAGGCUGAAGGUCGUAAUGUAUUACCGUCUAUAAGGGAACAAAUUCAGCUGCGGCAAUAACUGGUAAGGAGUUGAAAACUGAUUUGUGUCUGCUGUCAGAAUACCUCUGAAGUUUCUUUGACACUUCAAUAAAUUAAUGAACACGU